CCAUUCUGGAAUGAAAUUAAAUGUGAGAAGCUUUUUAUUUUCCGAUGAACUCUCUUAAAAGUUCCACAGCGGGCUCAAUAGCAAGAACGAGCUUUGUUGACCAAUAAGGAGCUGACUGUAAUGCGCGUGGUAAGGAAGCAUCUCGCGAUGAACCAGUUCAGUGAAGACGUUAGGACCCAUGGAGCAGCGAUUAUGAUGGUGAGCAGCCAGGCAUCCCCAAUAGCGAUGGAGACGCUACAUGUGAGUCGUCUUGAGAUUGCAAAUAUUGUGAUGAAUCAAAGAAUUCUUAUAAAUAGCACCCACAGACUCGCUUCUUCGUGGAUUCUGUUUGACAUCGACGACAACAGCUCCAGCAGUCUCAUCACUCAAGUAUUUGAAUCUUAUCCAAGUCAAACCUUUCAAAAUGCAAUUCAGCUCCUUCAUCGCCUGCCUUGUUAUGGCCCCCUUGGCUCUGGCCAUCCCAGCUGAGCUGCCUUCCGCGGAAGGGGCUUUGGCCCUUAGAGCUGCUGAGAACAUUGAGAUCCCGAAGGACCUCCCUGAUGAUUGGAAGACUGCCCUCGAGGCUUACUUCAAAGACACCGAUUUGGACCUUGAGAACAGAGAUCUUGACAAGAGGAGCAACGUGCCGUUCAUGCACUGUGGCUGGCGCCGCUUCUUUAGCUGCCUUGGAUCUGUUACCCCUGGUGGUGUCACCUGCAUGUGGGCGAUCGCUGCUCGCGGUCUCGAUGUGAAGGAAGACUCCAAAUGCUCGGCCGCUGUUGUAGCCACCAUUUUAUCAGCUUCAAACAACUGCAAGUUGUGUGUCAAUGGCCACCUCUGAGAAGAGGUUUCGAGGCCUUUGGGUGGUAUUUCCGUGAUUGAAAGUGGACUAUGAAGUAGGUGAUCGAAAAGGGCUGAGGUUGUGGUUCUGGUCGUUUGGAGGUCAACAUACACUUCUCCGCUGAUUUCAUCAGCCCCUAUUUGUGAUUUCACAUGAAGAUAUUGUUGCAAUUAAAUCUCAACAUCUAUGAACAAGCUGAACUGGGCCAUAAUUUCUGUCAAUUAUCAGCUCAACCAAUUCAUCCCGGUGACCUUA